AUGACGGCUAUUGACAGUGCAACCUUAGGUUUUCCACGUAUGGGCCCCAAUCGUGAGCUCAAAUUUGCCCUUGAAAAGUUCUGGCGUCAAAAGAUUAGUGAGGAAGAGCUCUAUCAAGUAGCACAUGCUGUCGAGGAGGCCAAUUGGCGUAAGCAGCUUGAUACUGGUGUAACUCGUGUUGGUGUCGGUCUCUUCUCGCUCUAUGAUCAUGUACUUGAUUGGACUUAUUACCUUGGUCUUGCUCCUGAACGGUUUGCCAAAGUACCUACUGGUCUAGCGCAAUAUUUUGCAAUGGCUCGUGGUGUUGAUGGUAUUCCUGCUCUUGAUAUGACGAAAUGGUUUGAUUCAAACUAUCACUAUGAAGUACCGGAGCUUAACACUAAAUCUACACCCAAAGCAAACUUUAGUUCAUAUGUGGCUACCAUUAAACGGGCACUAUCGAUUGUUGGAACCGAUAAGACGGUUCCUAUUAUUCUAGGCCCUCUUACUUACUUAACACUUAGUAAGUAUGAUGGUACAACCCUUGAUGACCUUCUAGUGAAAGUACUACCUCUUUACACUUCAUUAUUAAAUGAGCUGGCUACUCUUGGAGUGACGGAAGUUCAAGUACAUGAACCUUCACUUGUAGGUGCUAAUGCUGACAAACUUGCUAAACACUUGACAACAGUGUACGGCUCAAAGAACCAGAAAGGUGCCAUUCAACACGACAAAAUUGCUCUUAAUCUGGCCACGUACUUUGAAGAAAUUAACCACGAUGUGUACCAGUGGUUUGCCACUUCACCCGUGUCCGCCAUUUCGCUUGACUUUACACGUGGUGAUAACCUGUCAGUCUUGCAAAAGUUCGGUUUCCCGGCCGGAAAGCGUCUUGGUGCCGGCCUUAUUGAUGGCCGCAGUGUGUGGAAAUUUAAUCCCGAUACCACUCUGUUACAAGUCAAUGAGAUUAAGAAGGUGCUUGCUGCAUCGGACGGCACCUCGCUUACGAUCCAAACCAGUUCUUCGCUCCAGCACGUACCAUAUACGACGGAUUGUGAGAAAGCGCUGAAUGCUGGAGAGACAGAUGGAUUACUGGGUGUUCUCAGCUUUGCGUACGAAAAACUCGCCGAGUUGGAGGUUGUCAAGAGCAUUGCGGAGAAGGGUGAGGAGGCUGCUAAAAAUGAGGUCGACGCUGCUAAGAAGGCUUGGUCGGUGUACUACGAGAAGAACCCUGCCAAGGCCGCUGUGCAGUCCCGUCUCGCUGCUGUGACGGAUGCUGACUUUAAGCGUCCUUCUCCGUUCGCUGAGCGCCGCCCUUCGCAGCUCAAGGGUCUGCCUGUGCUGCCAACGACCACUAUCGGUUCGUUCCCUCAGACUCCUCAGAUCCGUGCUCUGCGCCGAAAGCUUAAGGCCGGUGACAUUACGCUCGAGCACUACCGUCAGAAGAUUGACGAGCAGAUUGCUUACAACAUUGGUGUCCAAGAAGCUCUUGGCCUGGACAUUUUGGUCCAUGGUGAGCCGGAACGAACUGACAUGGUCGAGUACUUUGCUGAGAAGCUGAAUGGUUUUGCUUUUACACAGAAUGGCUGGGUGCAGAGCUAUGGUUCCCGUUGUGUUCGUCCUCCGAUUAUUUUUGCCGACCUGGAGCGUCCAGUCGACAUGACUGUGCGUGAGUUCGUCGUUGCGCAGUCAUUCACCACCAAGCCAGUAAAGGGUAUGCUUACGGGUCCUGUAACAAUUCUAAACUGGUCGUUCCCCCGCAAAGAUAUCAGCCGCAAGGAGCAGGCUUUUCAGCUUGCCCUGUGCCUGCGCGACGAAGUUGCUGACCUUGAAAACGCCAAGUGUACUGUUAUCCAGGUGGACGAGCCUGCUCUUCGUGAGGGCAUGCCGCUUAAAGCAGCUAAGAAGGAUGAGUACCUGAACUGGGCUGUUGACGCAUUCCGUCUGUCGACUGCUGUUGCCAAAAACGAGACCUCGAUUCACACGCACAUGUGCUACUGCGAGUUUGCGGACUGCAUGCACGCCAUUGACGCUAUCGAUGCUGAUGUGAACUCGAUCGAAAACGCUCGUUCGGAUGACGAGACCAUCCGUGAGUUCAAGUCUAUUGGUUACAAGCGUGACCUCGGUCCGGGCACGUACGAUAUCCACUCGCCUGUGGUGCCUCCCAAGGAAGAGAUUGUUAAGAAGCUUAAGAGUUUUCUAAACCUGUUGCCUGCCGAGCAGGUUGUGGUGAACCCGGACUGCGGUCUUAAGACGCGCAAGUGGCCUGAGACCAUUGCUGCUCUUCGCAAUAUGGUGGAUGCCACCCUCGAGGUCCGUGCAACUUUGUAA